AUGUUUUUGCUACUGGUAGUGUCUUUCGCAUGUGCCGGAUUAGCGCACGCUGGUUCGCUCGGUCAAGGUAAGAUCGUCAACGGUACGGAUGCAGCGAUUGAAAACUACCCAUUCGUUGUGUCUCUGCGUGGUGCCACCGGUGGCCAUUCGUGCGGUGGCAGCAUCCUGAACAGCCGCUGGAUCCUAACGGCGGCUCACUGUGUCGACUACACUACGCCCCUUUACCAAACGAUUCAGGUGGGACGUACGAACAUUUCGCGAACGGAAGACGAAUCCAUAUACGCGAUCGAGGAUGUUGUGAUCCAUCCCGGUUACAAUCCGGCCGACAGCUAUAUUGAUGAUAUUGCCCUGUUGAAGUUGCGCAAGCCACUGGUAUUCAGCGAACAGGUGCGACCGGUUCGGAUGCCGAAACGAUUCUUUGAGAUUGACACGCAAGACUCCAACGUGGUGACGCUCGUCGGAUGGGGUCGCAAUGCCUCAGAAGGACCGGUGCAAACCACCUUGCAACAGAUCGAUUACUAUGCAGUGCCGAACGACGAAUGCAAUCUCAUCCACGGCAAUCACAUCUAUCCUACGCAGAUCUGUGCAGCCGAACCAGGUGGUGGAAAGGGCCAGUGUAGUGGAGACUCUGGUGGACCGUUGAUGUACAAAGAGUUCCAGGUAGGCAUCGUAUCUUGGAGUAUCAAACCGUGUGCCAUCGCUCCAUACCCAGGCGUGCUCACCAAGGUUUCGUACUAUGUGGACUUUAUCAAUCAACAUGCAAGCGAAUAUAAUUCUUGA